CUAAGGAGGCCUGAUCCUUGGGACUCUCUUAUAAAUGAAGGUUCAACAUAGUCUCAAGUUCCACUUUAUCGUGCAUCCCCCAUGCUGAGAGGGUUUAUCCAUGUCUUAUUUUCCUUUUUUCUCAUUUUCAAAUAGAAUUGGAAAAUGUGCUGUGAGAUAUACAAAUAGAAUGUUAUAUUGAAUAAACACGUGGUGCGUAAAGGGUUUGGAAUUUCAGAGUGGAUGAAGUAGUUAUUGUGAUUUUCAUUUAUUAUUACACUCCAAAGCUUCAAAUAUCGUAGAUUAAAAAUGAUCAACAAUUUUGUGCAAAAGUUACAAUUUCUUUAUAAACCGUAUGCCCUGGCAAUUGUAUCAAUUGGAUACGUGUUGGGUGAACUGGGGCACUACAUGAUUGGUGUCACAAGCAAGGCGACCGCCGAGGAUUUGCAUUACGGUGAUGUGUCAUGUCAAUUAAACACAUCAGCGUAUUCACUUCUUGAGCUUCCAGUUCAAUGUGAAGCAGCGAAUAAUUCCGAUUACUGCCUAUCAUUAGAAAUAAAUGGAACACGUUAUUGCGAGUGGAAUUACAAUGGGCUAGGAUUAGACUAUCAAAUUUUGGCUGGGCCAAGUUUUAUUGCUGUUUUUACAAUCGUAGGUGUAAUUCUUGGAAUUGUAGCAGACCGAUAUAACAGAGUAAAAACUCUGGCUGUUUGUACAUUAAUCUUCAGUAUCGCCAUUAUAUUGAUGGGCAUGGUGAAAGAGUAUUGGCAAUUGGUGAUUUUAAGGAUGGUUUUAGCGGCUGGGGAGGCGGGUUGCAAUCCUUUGGCUACGGGUUUGCUAUCUGAUUGGUUUGAAGAAGAACAGCGUGGACUAGUCAUGUCAAUUUUCAAUUGGGGCAUAUACGGUGGCUAUGGAAUUGCAUUUCCCAUUGGUAGAUACGUGCCAGCAAUGAAUCCUUGGGAUUUGGGUUGGAGAGCGUGUUAUUAUGGUGCUGGUAUUAUAGGAGUUAUCAUUGCCAUUCUGACAGGAUUAACAUUGGUGGAACCGGCGCGUAAAGCGCUCAGCGGAGAUGCAGGUGGAAAUGAUGGAAAGAAAUUAUCCAUUUGGAAAGUUUUAUUGCAUCCCAGAAUGAUUUUGCUUUGUCUCGCAGCGAGUAUCAGGCACUGCGGUGGAAUGUGCUUCGCUUACAAUUGUGACCUCUAUUACAGAGACUAUUUUCCGGAUUAUGAUUUAAGCUGGUGGUUAUUCGCAGUGACAAUUGUAGUCGGAAGUAUUGGUGUCGUAGUUGGUGGAGUCAUCAGUGAUAAAUUUGUUGCAAAAAUGGGUAUAAGAUCAAGAGUAGCUUGCCUUGCUAUUAGUCAAUUGAUAGCCACUCCAUUCGCCUUUGGAUCGGUGGCUUUGGAACCACUGGGAGCUAUCAUCACUCUCGGAAUAUCAUAUUUCUUUGCCGAGAUGUGGUUUGGAAUAGUAUUUGCUAUUGUUGUUGAAAUUGUACCUCUCAGCAUGAGAUCAACAACCGUUGGUGUCUUUUUAUUCGUUAUGAAUAAUAUUGGAGGUAAUUUACCAAUUCUUGUUGAGCCUCUUAGGAGAAUUAUUGGUUUCCGAGAAAGUCUCUAUGUACUCUAUGCAGGUUUUUAUGGAAUAAGUUCUAUCAUGUUUUUACUUACAAUGUUCUUCAUGACUGGUCCAUCUGUGGAGUCCGAUGGAGUAACGACCGAAGACGGCCAUGACAAUAAAACAUUUACCAACGAUGAUGGCACUGUUCUAGAGUUACCAAGACUUCCCAGCAAACCACAGAAUCCUGAUCAUUCCCGGCUGUGAUUUUUCUAUCAUUCACCAAUAAAAUUUUAAUUUUCUAUUUCCAAAUACAUAUAUUUAAUGUU